CUCGGUUGCAAGAGGAGCGGUGCGGACGAGGCUGCCCUGCAGCGACGGCGCUCGCGGCAAGAGGCGUUCUGGCGCACCUGCUGCCUCUUGCGCGGGCGCACGGAAGAGGAACCCGGCGCUCCGCUUGCAGGAGCGAAGGGCGGCGUCUGCAGGACCAAGGGAGUAGAAAAAAUAAAGAAUGGCGAGUCAAUUCUACGAAAGUUUCUAAGAGAGAGCAGCAGUCUUCAAUGCAACAGCUGCUGUGCUGCCUCUACAAUGAUUUUGAAAUGACACUGCUACAUUCUUCUUUACCACUGGCUAAGCAGCAUUAGUUGGACUAUACUGGCUUCAAACCAACAAACAAAACUUAAAUCCUGAUCGCUGGCCAAAGAUAAACCAGUGUGAUGUUGAAAUGAGAUGAGGCUGCGAAAUGGAACUGUGGCCACCGUGUUAAUUUUCAUCACAUCUUUCCUUAGUUUGUCCUGGUACACAGCAUGGCAGAAUGGGAAAGAAAAGCUGAUUGCUUAUCAAAGGGAAUUUCAUGCUUUGAAGGAACGUCUUCGCAUAGCUGAGCACAGAACCCUGCAGCGUUCCUCUGAAUUGAAUGCCAUCUUGGAGCAGUUCAGACGGGCAGUGGCAGAAACAAAUGGAAGUAAGGAUGCGCUGAGCAGUGUUUCAGAUGAAACGUUAAAAUUGUUAAAGGAGCUAACAAGCCGAAAAGCUCUUCAAGUGCCAAAUAUAUAUUACCACUUGCCUCAUUUGUUGAAAAAUGAAGGAAGCCUUCGACCUUCAGUGCAGGUUGGCCUGGGACGAACAGGAGUUUCUAUAGUAAUGGGAAUUCCUACUGUAAAGAGAAAAGUAAAAUCUUACCUAACAGAAACUCUUCACUCACUGAUCGAUAAGCUGUCUCCGGAAGAGAAAUUAGACUGUGUUAUGAUUGUCUUCAUAGGAGAGACGGAUCUUGACUACGUAAAUGGAGUUGUAGCAAGCCUAGAAAAAGAAUUUUCUACAGAAAUCAGUUCUGGCUUGGUGGAAGUAAUAGCUCCACCUGCAUCCUACUAUCCUGACUUGACGAAUCUAAAAGAAACAUUUGGAGACUCAAAAGAAAGAGUCAGAUGGCGGACAAAGCAAAAUCUGGACUAUUGUUUUCUUAUGAUGUAUGCACAGAAAAAAGGUGUUUACUACAUUCAGCUUGAGGAUGACAUCGUUGUCAAGCAGAAUUACUUCAGCACAAUAAAAAAUUUUGCACUUCAGUUGGCAUCUGAAGACUGGAUGAUUCUAGAAUUUUCUCAGCUGGGAUUCAUUGGUAAAAUGUUCCAGUCUCCAGAUAUUACACUCAUUGUAGAGUUCAUAUUUAUGUUUUAUAAAGAGAAACCCAUUGAUUGGCUCUUGGAUCACAUUCUUUGGGUGAAAGUUUGCAACCCUGAGAAAGAUGCAAAACAUUGUGAUCGACAAAAAUCAAAUCUUAGAAUACGCUUCAGGCCUUCGCUUUUCCAGCACGUUGGCCUGCACUCCUCUCUAGCAGGAAAAAUUCAAAAACUUACUGAUAAAGACUUCCUGAAACCAUUAUUGCAUAAAAUCCAUGUGAAUCCACCUGCAGAAGUAUCUACAACUUUAAAGGUCUAUCAAGGUCAUGCUCUUGAAAAAGCCUACAUGGGUGAAGACUUUUUUUGGGCAGUUACGCCAAUUGCUGGGGAUUAUAUCCUGUUUAAAUUUGACAAGCCAGUCAAUGUAGAAAGAUACCUGUUCCAUAGUGGCAACCCAGAACAUCCAGGAGAUGUAUUUGUCAAUACAACAGUGGAAGUAUUGCCUUUUAAGACUGAAGAGCUGGUUUUAGGCAAAGAAACCAAAGAGAAACGGUUGGAAGAUGGGUAUUUCAGAAUAGGCAAAUUUGAGAACAGUAUAGCUGAAGGAGCAGUUGAUCCCAGUCUAAAUCCAAUUGCAGCUAUCCGGCUUCUGGUAAUUCAGAAUUCGUCUGUCUGGGCAAUUCUAAAUGAGCCAAGAAAUGAGAAGCUAAGCUUUUUACCUCACCUGCACAUACGUGAGUCAUGCAGGUACGUCCCUUCUUUAGAACUACACUACAACACAAUCAGCCUCACAGAUUGUAUCUCUCGCUUCCUGAAAGGUUUAAACAAGUGUGUGCUUUACUUGAAUUAUGAUAUUUGCCAAGGUUUGAACAUGCCAUUUUGAAUGUUAUAAGCCUUAAUAAUGGCUAAAUAGAGUAAGAAUGGCUCACAGGUCUGUUUUCUUUUUCUUAAGAAAAAUAAAUAAAUUUUAGUAAUUGAAUAUCUUGAUCAUCAUUAAUAAAUGGCUUAAUUUAGAGAGAUGCCCCAUUCCCUUCAGCCUGUCUGCUUUAUAGGUGUGUUUGUUCUUGCUCUUGUAUGAUCUGCAACUUUGGUUCUACAACCAGCCUUUUUCUCGGACACUCCAUGUUUCCAUUUACAGUAGCUGCUGUUAAACUUCCUUUUAGAGCUAGAUUUUUGACUUUGUUAAUCUUGCUGCUAUAUUUGAAAACCUAACUGGGUCAUGUUAACUGUGCCUUUCAUCAAUGUUCUAUGUGCCACA